UUGGCUACUCCGCGAAUGGUCACAUUUUUUCAUGCUUUGUGUUUUCUUGCACAAAAUAUUGUUGUUUGUCGCAUUUAUUUGCCGAUAGAGAGUAAUUUGUAAAGCCAAAACCACAGAAUGUCCGACAACGAUGACGAUUUUAUGUGCGACGACGAUGAGGAUUAUGGAUUGGAAUACUCGGAGGAUAGCAACUCGGAACCGGACGUGGAUCUGGAGAAUCAGUACUACAACAGCAAGGCUUUGAAGGAGGAGGAGCCCAAGGCUGCUUUGGCCAGUUUCCAGAAGGUUCUCGAUCUGGAAAAUGGCGAGAAGGGAGAGUGGGGAUUCAAGGCGCUGAAGCAAAUGAUCAAGAUCAACUUUAGACUGUGCAACUACGAUGAGAUGAUGGUGCGCUACAAGCAGCUGCUCACUUACAUCAAAAGUGCUGUGACCAGGAAUCAUUCUGAAAAGAGCAUCAAUUCGAUCCUGGACUAUAUAUCCACGUCGAAGAAUAUGGCCCUGCUGCAGAACUUUUACGAGACCACGUUGGACGCCCUGCGAGAUGCCAAAAACGAUCGCCUGUGGUUCAAGACCAACACCAAGCUCGGCAAACUCUACUUCGACCGCAGCGAUUUUACUAAGCUGCAGAAGAUACUGAAGCAGUUGCAUCAGAGCUGCCAGACAGACGAUGGCGAGGACGACUUGAAGAAGGGCACCCAGCUGCUGGAAAUCUAUGCCUUGGAGAUUCAGAUGUACACGGUGCAGAAGAACAACAAGAAGCUUAAGGCCCUCUACGAACAGUCGCUCCACAUCAAGUCGGCCAUUCCACAUCCCCUGAUCAUGGGAGUGAUUCGUGAGUGCGGCGGUAAAAUGCACCUGCGAGAGGGCGAGUUUGAAAAGGCGCACACGGACUUCUUUGAGGCGUUCAAAAACUACGAUGAGAGCGGAUCGCCACGGAGAACCACUUGCUUAAAGUACUUGGUAUUGGCUAACAUGCUGAUGAAAUCCGGCAUAAAUCCCUUUGAUUCACAGGAAGCCAAGCCGUAUAAGAACGAUCCUGAAAUCCUGGCCAUGACAAAUCUGGUGAACUCUUACCAAAACAACGAUAUUAAUGAGUUUGAGACCAUUUUACGGCAGCAUCGCAGCAACAUCAUGGCCGAUCAGUUUAUACGUGAGCACAUUGAGGACUUGUUGCGAAAUAUUCGCACUCAGGUGCUCAUUAAACUGAUCAGGCCCUAUAAGAACAUUGCUAUACCCUUUAUAGCCAACGCGCUUAACAUAGAGCCAGCUGAAGUAGAGAGUCUGUUGGUCUCCUGCAUUCUGGAUGACACCAUUAAAGGACGGAUCGACCAAGUUAAUCAGGUGCUCCAGCUGGACAAGAUCAACAGCAGCGCCUCGCGAUACAAUGCGCUGGAGAAAUGGUCCAACCAAAUCCAAUCGCUGCAGUUCGCCGUGGUUCAGAAAAUGGCCUAAGCUUGUGUCCUAUGGCUUUGAAACCGAUUAAAAUUAUUGAAUUUAAACUAAACAGCUAGAGAAGAUUGCUUGGGAGUCGGUUGUAGCGCUGGUGUUUCCUCCUGCUCUUUUCCACAGCAGUUGAACAUGGCAAUCCUUAGUCGGUAAAUUCCAAAGGCCACAAAGGCGAAACAGCAGAUUAGAAACAAGGCAGCGCAAACAAAUCCAAUCGCUAGGCCAGGACGUGCCCAGUCCAAAGCGAAAUAAAUAAAACGAUUCCCGUCCCUGUUAAGUAAAUUUAAAAAUUAUUCUGUUGGAUGCAAUUGUUUAGCUUUACUUACAUGUCAGUUCCUCCAGCCCAAUAGUAAAUUAAGGAAUGCACCAAAAAGACAAGCACAACCGAAAAGGGAUAUAUAAAGUGCAUAAGACGAUUGGGAUAAGCCACCAUAAAACAAUCAAACACCAUGCAGAUCGAAUUGAACGCAUGACACCACAAGUUGUAGAGUUCACCCGCUAUUUCUGGCAUGGCUAAAGGAAAUAAAUAUGUGAUUAAAUAUAGAGUAAAUAGAUUUCAGAGCCCUACUUACUGUUGGAAAGUGCUGCCCAGAAUACCGUGGUUAUUAACAUGGAAAGCACUGAAGUGGUAUAGUGUGAGAUCCAGUAAAUCUUCAGAGACCGAUCGCCAGCAGCUGAAAGUUA